CUCUUAGAGCUUUGGAGGUUUUCUCCGGUGUCGCAACAACGCUCCUCCUCGCCGCCGGGACUCGGGCUUCGCAUUCCUGACUUAGCCAAAAAGCAAAUCUGCUUCGUUGCCACAUGGGAUCGGCGCUUUAAUUAGUGGAUGCCUCAUGGACGCGAGGACACAGAAGACGAGGUAAAGAAAACUUUGUCAGAGAAGACGACUUCGUAGAUGGACUUCCUGAUGGGCGGCCCCCGUUUGCGCUCGGACAGUGCGAGCAGCGGUGCGUCCUCUCGGGGCUCCCGCUCCAAAAUGCUGCUCCGCCAGCGCCUCACCCAGCUGCUGACCCGCAUCGACGACAUGAGCUCGGAUGACGAGGCCAGCGAAGAAGUGUCCCGCACGCUGGAUGAGGCUUUCCAGCUCUGUGGACGCUUCAGUCCCACCGACGCCUUCAGGCUGCACAUGGUGACGUGGAACGUGGCCACCGCGGAACCCCCCGAUGACGUCACCUCGCUGCUCCAACUGGACGUACAACCCCCCACCGACCUUUACGUGAUCGGGCUGCAGGAAGUCUGCGCCACGCCCGUCAGGUUCAUCUCAGACCUGAUGGCCGAUGACUCCUGGAGCCACGUCUUCAUGGACACGCUGGCCCCGCGAGGAUUCGUCAAGGUGGUAUCAGUGAGGAUGCAGGGUUUGUUGUUGUUGGUCUUUGCCAAACAAGCCCACAUUCCUUACAUCCGAGACAUCCAGACCACCUUCACCCGCACCGGAAUCUUCGGCUACUGGGGCAACAAAGGUGCGGUGUCUGUGCGCUGUUCCUUCUACGGCCACAAGGUGUGCUUCCUCAACUGUCACCUGGCGGCGCACAUGAACUACGCCCUGCAGCGCGUUGACGAGUUCGAGCACAUCCUGGAGACGCAAGACUUUGACGUCGCCGACACGCCAAGAGUGCUGGACCACAAGCUGGUCUUUUGGUUUGGAGACCUGAACUUUCGUAUCGCAGAUCACGGCUUGCACUUCCUGCGCUCAUCCAUCAACGGUGGCCGUGUUAACCUGCUAUGGGCCAAAGACCAGCUGAUCAGCAUGAAGAAAAAGGAGGCGUUCCUACAGGAGUUUGAGGAAGGGCCACUGAAUUUCAAGCCCACCUACAAGUUUGGUCGUAACUCUGACGCCUAUGACAUCAGCGCUCCAAAAUCAUGGUGGGCUUUUAAUGGCAAGAAAAGGAAGCCAGCCUGGACAGACCGCAUCUUGUGGCGCAUCAAACCCAAGAACGUGCCGUUGGACGACGACGACGACAAGGCGUCCGCCUCUACCGAGGACGACCUGGACGAGUACCCCCUAGUGGUCAGCCAGGACAAAUACACCAGCGACAUGAGCUACGGCGUCAGCGACCACAAGCCUGUCAUGGCCAGCUUCAGCUUGGAGCUGAGGAAACACUUUGACACUGCGCUGGUCCACGUGUCUCCGGAGGGUGUUUGGAGCGCGGACCACGAUGCUCUUCUCAACUACACGGUCCAGGAAGACUUCAUGUCCUCAACAUGGGACUGGAUCGGCCUCUACAAGGUGGGGUUCAAGAGUGCGAGCGACUACGAGACGUUCGUUUGGGUUCGUGAGGACGAGCUGCCGGAGACUGACGAAAUCAUCCAGGUAUCGGUGGAUAAAGACGACAUUCCUCUCCUGGGAGGACACUUUGUGUUGGGCUACUACAGCACAAACAUGCAAAGCAUCAUCGGCCUCAGCGCCAACUUCCAGAUCUUGGAAUCCAAGCGUGCCGUCAUGGAGGGCCUCGUUCCAGAGAAUGCCAACGGACUCACCAAAUAAACAGCGGCUCACUCCAGUGUCUUAUAUCAUUUAAUGCCGAACUAAUCAUGACGUCACAUGAUUGCAGAUUUAGUUGAACACACACCUUCUUGUAACAAGUAGCCUUCCAGUAAAUCAUCAAAUAAAAAUGCCAAACUAAGUAAAAAGGUAGUGUUAAAUUGGUUUUGCCUCAGAUUUUUAUUGGUUUGAAUAAUGACAAUAUUAAAGACAUGAUCACGAAUAAUCAUGAAAUAAUUAUGUUAACUAUACUUAAUGGGAAUUUCAGCUUAAAUCAAGUGAAUUUAGCCUUUCUGUUUGUAUGUUAUUAGUCAAAUUGUGUGGCUGUUAAUGAACGUCUAUGAAUGCUGGAAAGUAUAUAUUUGGUGAAUGAUUAAACUGGAAAAAAUGGCUGUAAAA